AUGAAUUUUAAAUUCUUUUUAUGAGAGAGUAGGCUGAAUUUAAAAAGUUUCAUCAUAAUGGUUUGAGGAUAAAAAUAGAAAUGUCUUUGAAAAGUUCCUUAGCAGAUGGAAAGCGAAUAAAUCAAGAUAUUUCGUUAAAGAAAAGAGAAAUUGAUGCUAAGCUUGAGGAAGAAAAAGCUAGUAUUACAUGGCUAAAAGAAAGUUUACAAAAAAGUGACACUCUGGCUAACAACAUGAUUAACAUACUGACGUCAUUUGAAGAGCGUUUAUGCAAACUUGAAGAUAAUAUAUUACCGGUUCAUAAAGAGACCACAGAUUUACAAAGACGUCAAGACAAUAUAAGUAAAACAUUAGUUCUAUUGGAAGAGGUAUUAAGUUUCCACAGUGUGUCAUCUAACUUAAAACCAAUAGUUGAAAGUGGACCAGCUGGAAACCUCAACAAUUACCUGGAGACUUUAGAAAAAAUUGAGAAUGCUAUUACAUUUUUUAAAAAGAAUAAUCCAGAAAGUAUUGAGUUAUCUGUUCUGAAUUCGUUAAAUGACAGCGGACGUGAUUCACUAGUUAGAGAAUUUCGAUUGCUUUUGCAAAGAAACAGUAGACCCAUCUCAGUUCUUGAUAUUCAGAACAUGAUCAAUAGUGAUAACUUUGAUGAAAAUAAUGGAGAAGAACGCGAGAAGAUUCAGAUAACACAUUUUUCAGAAAGUAUUAUGGCACAAAUUUGCAUGAUUUCUUCCUGGUUAGUAGAAAAUAAAAAAGGGACUGAUUUCAUGAGUUUUUAUUCACAAAUUCGAUCAAACAUUUUAUCUCAAUCACUAUUAGGAGUAAAAAAUGAACCAGAUUUCUUUUUGGUUGAAGAUAAUAGUGGGAAAAAAAAAGCUGCAUUUGAUUACAAAAAGAAGUUAACUAAAAAAGCAACAAAGCAAGUCAUAGAAAUUUACAAAAGACCUUCUGAUUCUUCUAAUACAACUAUAAAAGAUGAAGAGGAUGAUUAUCAAGUGCGUAUAUUUCUGGUAUCUACUGUAGCCUUGUUAAAACUUAUGCAGAGUGAGCAUACUCUUAUGACUAAUAUUAUACCGGCUGAGCAUCAGGUGCCAGUAUUCAGCCAACUGGUUCAAGAUGCAUUAAACAAGUAUUAUUCUGACGCUGAGAAUGUAUCUAACAAUGCUAAAAAAAUGCAAUCACGUAUGGAUCAUUCCUCUGUUCAGUUUAUUCUUCCUGUUUUAAAGUACCUAGUUAAUAUAAAACCACAGUUUGACUCAAUAUUAAAGAUGGUUAAUGUUGAUACACGGAAAAAAUUCCUAAGUGUAAUAUCUCUAUUUCAUGAAACAGGUAAAGUUCUUUUGUCAGAUUUUGUUGAGAAACUUAAGGAUAUUGACAAGAAUAAUACAGUACCAAAAGAUGGAACUGUGCACCAAGUAACUAGUAAUGUAGCCAUAUAUUUAGAAGAAUUAAUGCAAUUUAUAGAUACUACAGCUAUGAUUCUUUCUGAAGAUUCUAAAGAAACCUCCUCUACAAUUGUUGCUGGCUUUAUGUCAAAAGUUUUGGAAUCUUUAAGUCGUAAUUUAAUGAAUAAAUCAAAAAUGUAUGAUUCAAUGGCUCUCCAAUCUAUUUUCAUGCUAAACAACUAUAACUACAUUAUAAAAAGUUUGCAGAAAAUCGGCAUAAUGAAGCUGCUUCAAGAAAAUGGCCAGCCCGACCUUGAAAAACAAUAUGACGAAGUCAUUAGAGAUGAGAUGGAAAGCUAUGAAAAGAGUUGGCAAAGAGUAAGCCAGCAUUUAGUGAUGGAUUCUUCUGACAAACUUUUAGAAAGUUCUGGGAAGUUGAAUAAAAAACACAAGCAAGCAAUUAAAGAAAAAUUUAAGGGUUUUAAUACAGAUUUAGAAGAAAUUCAUCAACUUCAUCGUCAGUUUUCUGUGCCAGACAUUACUCUUAAAAAACGCAUUGAAGAAAGAAUUUGUCAGAUUAUCUUACCAAGUUAUGCGGAUUUUUUAAAAAGAUACCGAGGUGUGAACUUUACACGAAAUGUCGAAAAAUAUGUUAAGUACGAUCUAAAUAAAGUACAAUCAUUAAUAACCAGCAUAUACGCCUAGCAAUCUGUUUCUUGUAGUUAAAAAAUUUAUUUCAACUUUUUUGGAUUUAUCAAACAUCUAUUAUUCAUUUAUAUUUAUUUUGUAUUAUUAUCAUUUGUGUGUAAUAUUUUGCCGUAAUAAUUGCUUAGUUUGCAUAAUAUUGCAUAAUAGUUGCUUAAUUUGCAUAAUUUUGCCUAAUAAUUGUUUAUUUUAUUCAUAAUAGUGUCAACAUUUUUAAUGGAGAUAAAGAGACUUCAAUUAUUAUCUAGUUAAAUUGAUUAGGAUUAUUAAAUUGCUUAGUUUAUUUUUUCUAAUUAUUUUGCCUCCUGUAUAUUAUAACGUUAUUUUUUAUUUAAACUAACUAGUAGUGGUUCACUUUUAAACUUUUUUUUUUAUUAUUAUAAAAUGUCUGCUUUUAAAAAUCUUAAGCUUGGUUUCCAAUAGUUGUAGAAAUGUUGUUACAACAAUAGUUGUAGAAAUGUCGCUACAACAAUCUUUUAUAAUAGAAACAUAUUCUUGCAUAAGUUGCGUAAUUUUGUGCGACAAAAUUUACGUUGUAAAACCAAGGUUACAGAAAACCAUGGUUACAGAAAUAGAAUCAAAUCAAUAAGUGUUGUACAACGUUUCUACAACUAUUGGAAAACCAAGCUUUACAUAAAAGCAAAAAAGCAAACACUCAAAAUACGGGGAAAUAUGACAAAGAUUUGUAAAAGUACCAAACCUUUUUUAUUACAAACUUUUUGAAAAUUUUUCAAUUGAUAUUUUAAAUUGAUAAUUUUUAGUUCUAUAUUAUCAUGGUGUAUUUUUUUUUUAAUCAAAGUUAUUCUUUAUAUACUAAAUGUUUCGAAAGUUCUAAAAUUUAUUGAAAAUAUUUA